CAGAUUCCUGUGUCCUCAGAUAGUUCACAGCUGCUGGUUUCACUUCCUGUAGGUUAGAGUGAUGUCACCAUUUAAUGACAUCAAAGUCCAGAGGUUAUGCUGUCCGAUGUUUGUAAGAGCAGAUGGAUUUCUAGUUUUCAGGCUGUCUCACCUGGGCUACCAUGGCUGCUAAGCUAGAAUUCACAUCACGAAGAUCACCAAUUGUCUGCACUGCAGGAUGCGUGGCAUCCAGUCAACCACUUGCAACAAACAUCGGCUUAGAUAUUCUAAAGAAAGGUGGUAAUGCUGCAGAUGCAGCGGUGGCUGUGGCCGCAGCGCUGAAUCUCACAGAACCCUGUAGCACUGGGAUUGGUGGGGACUGCUUCUGUCUCUAUUACAAAGCUGAAACCAAACAGGUCUAUGGACUUAAUGGAAGUGGCAGGAGUCCAAGGGCACUGGAUAUUGAUCUGCUAAAAGGGCAAGGUUUUGAUGAAGAAAACCCUCUCCCUCCUACCCAUGCUCACAAUGUCACAGUGCCGGGUGCGGCAGCUGCCUGGGUUGACACUGUUUCUCUGUUUGGAAGUAAAAAGCUCAGCCUUGGAGACAUUUUACAACCCGCCAUAGAAUUGGCUGAAAAUGGCUUCCCGGUGUCUGAAAUAACGGCUUACUCAUGGCAAGCCCAAGCCUCCUUGCUUCAGGCUCCACAUAACAAGCAUGGGGCAGAGCUGCUUAUCAAUGGACAGGCCCCAAAACAUGGGCAGAUUUUUAAAAACCCCUAUCUGGCAAACACAUUUAAGGUCUUGUCUAAAUUCGGUAAGGAAGGAUUCUAUAAGGGUCGGAUUGCUGAAGCCAUUGUACAAGUUGUGAAGGACAAUGGUGGGGUUAUGGAAUUAGAGGACUUGGCCAGCCAUGUGACUGAGGAAGUGCAUCCUAUAUGCACCACCUACAGGACGGAUAUAAAUGUUUGGGAACUGCCACCAAAUGGUCAAGGCAUUAUUGUUCUGAUGACACUGAAUAUCCUUGAAAACUUUCAUAUAAAAGACAUGGGUCACAACACUUCCGACUACAUCCAUCUGUUAGUGGAGGCUCUGAAAUUAUGUAUCUCUGAUUGUCAGUGGUUCUGCACAGACCCUUGUUUUUCUCCCAUACCAACGGCUGAAUUACUCAAUAAGGCUUACUCUAAAAAACAAGCCCAUCUCAUUGACCUACAAAGGGCAUCUGGUAACAGCAGUCACGGGAACCCCUUUGAAGCUGGGAAAGAUACUGUUUAUUUCACCGUGGCGGAUUCCCAGGGAAAUGCCUGCUCCUUUAUAAACAGUAAUUACAUGGGUUUUGGUACAGGACUAGUGCCAAAAAACUGUGGAUUUACUUUGCAGAACAGAGGAGGAAACUUUUCCCUGUCUCCUGGGCACCCAAACUGUUUGGCUCCAGGAAAACGUCCCUUUCAUACCAUCAUUCCUGCUCUGGUUACAACUGCAGAUACCCAGGACCUCCUGUGCUCUUUUGGGGUAAUGGGAGGUUUCAUGCAACCGCAAGGACAUGUCCAGGUUCUCUUGAACAUGGCCGAAUUUGGGAUGAACCCUCAGCAAGCUGUUGAUGCCGCUCGAUUUUAUGUGAAACAUUCCAAAAAAGACCAAAAAUGGCACCUGUAUCUUGAGGAUGGAAUUCCACGUGAAGUAGCAGAAAACUUGAAACUGAGAGGUCAUGAGGUCCACUGGCCAGUUUCAGGCUAUGAGAGAAUGUUGUUUGGACGUGGCCAGGUGAUCACUAAAGGAGACUGGUGGAGACAAGGACAGCAUGCGAUUAAUGAUAGAAAGGUGUGGUGGGCAGGAUCAGAUCCAAGAGCAGACGGCUGUGCAUUGGGAUAUUGCAUGUCACCUGGGGCAGCGGAAAAAAAUUCUCCUUUUAUGUAAACUGUGACAGGUUUGUAAAUGGCAAGCAGUCAAGAACUGGAAUUAUAGACGUUAAAGUAGUUAUCUGUCAAGAAAAGCUAUUCAAGAAUGCUAUAUUUGAAAAGCUAAUAAGUACAAAGUCUAAAUUUGCCUUAUACUGUAUAAUCACAUGUACCAAUUUUUAUCAGAAGAUAAUAAAACAAAAUAAAGAUUUGCUUAAAUAAAAUAAGAAUUAUGUCAACUAUUAUUCUUAUUACUAAACGGAUGUGGUGUUUGAUUUAAAUUGGAUUUUGCUGUUAUAGUUUUGAAGUAACACUGUGUCACCAGCAUCUCUCCACCAUCAGAACUGGAUACAUUCAUC